UGUUAGUUGCACUGGACGGGCCAAGGCGUCUUUCGCCGCCAUUGGAAAAGGUCUCAAGGCCACCGCUCCGCCAAUGCCUUCAACACCAUAUCUUCACGCCGCCGGAAAGAGCGAAGACGAAAGCGAAAAUCGUCACAGCGAAGCUCGCGCAGAUCUGUGGGCAAAGGAGACGACGCACUCGGGUUGAUUUCUGCGCUUGCCACAAUCUCGAGUUUGAGUGCAUCAAUCAUGCUUCUGGUUUUGAUAUCAUUUUAGCUUUGACGUAUUGGAUGUGUUGUCAUCGAAGUUAAAGCUUUUGUCGGCGUGAAUGAAUGCUGUUUUGCUGAAUUUCUUGAACAUGUCUCAGGUGGUUGAUGUUUUGACGUUGUUGUGGGAGAUAUUUAGGGUUUAGGUUUUAGGGAAGUCGGAGACGUUCAAAAAUUCGAUGGUGUUCAUGGGAGGGAAGGCAGAAGGGGAACUUGACGGUACUCUGAUUCAUGGCUGCCGGCGAUCCUUCUCUUGCUGGCAAUGGCUUCCUCCGCUUGGUUAAAAUUACAGCCUUCAUCACGUCAAUUUUGGUGCUUCACCAUGAGCUAUAAGGUGGAGCCACCAUCUGCUCAGGUCACCGGUUUCUCUGUGAUCAACUUGUCCCUGACUCAGCCACCCAACUCAGUCAUGACACGUUCCUGGUGUUGCCAGAUUCUUCCACUGCCCAACCUUUCCUCGUCCCUGAUGAUGGCUUAUCCGUUUCCAAGGUUUCAUUUGGUGUGGUUGACUGGUUGGUCUAAGUGUUGGACUCUCUCUUCUUCUGUGGUUUUGAGGGCUGUUUGUUUUUGCAGUAUGCAAAACUCAAGCCUGUCCAUGCCUGACAUAUUCAGAUGCUCAAAGCUCGAGGGAAAAAUGUGCAACUCCAGUGCUUUAACUGAUGAAGAGUGAUGUUUCUAGAUAUCGCUAUCAAAAUGAGCAGCAUUUGGAUGACGCAUUGAAACGGAUAUUCCAGUAUGGCCAAAAUACUUGAACCCAGGUCAGGUUUUGACAAUAUGUUCAGUAACUGUUAAAAUGAAACCCCACUUCCAAACCUCAAGGCUGCACCCUAUAGCUUAAGUUUCCAAUGAAUUGGUUCUGAACAGGGGCAAAAGAGAGGAGGACUACCAAGGAGAAGUGCUCCUGUUCUACAAUUGAUUGUGAAGAAUCAAAUUCCCCCUUCCCUCUACACACUCCCAUUUCAUUUUCAUUCUCGUCCAAAGAGCAUACAAGAAACUCUUGAGUUGGUGUCUUCCAUGAUCUUUCAAGUCCAAGCCCUUUCGGAUUUCUUAG